UUGUUAGUGCUUUAUCAUGUUAAAAUUUGCAACAGUUUUAGUAAUUAUGUUGAUUGGAAGCUUGCUAGCUGCUGGUCUGUCAUGCAACUCCUGUGGGCGGGAGUGUGCACCCGCGUGUGGUACUAGGUACUUCCGGUCUUGCUGCUUCAACUAUCUGAGGAGGAAAAGAGGUCCAGAGACUCAACAGUUCCUGACCAAAAACCUUCAAUAUUUGAAACCAGGAACCAAACAACUUAUCGAAGAUGAGUGGUCGGAAGCUAUGCCAAGCGAGUUUGAACAUUAUAAUCAAGCACAUAGGGUUGACAGUUCAUUACGUAGGGUUUAUUUGUAA